AUGGAAACUGCUGAUGUAAUGAUAAAAUCAGUGUUAAAGAAAUCUGAUGCAGUUGUCAAGAAAGGGAAAAAAGUUUCAUUUUGUAACACAGUGAAGCUAUUUAUUGAAGAUGAGGACAGUAAAAUUAAUGAGAAUGAAGAAAAAUUAAAAUGUGUUGAAAUAAGCAUUGUUGAUAGCAAAAAAGAAAAUCUAGCCAUUAUAUCUGAUUCAUUAUGUCAUGAUGAUUGCAGUAUAACAGAUUUUUUAGUUCAUAAAGUAGUCUAUGAAAAUGGUGUUACAUCUGAUGAUGAUGUUGAGGCACCAAAUGAUGAAACGGAGGAAAACAUAUUAUAUUCUGAACCAUCAGAAGAAGAAGAAGAUUUGGAAUUUGUUGUUCAUAAAGUUACUGAGCAUGAAGAUGAUUUAAUUCAACAGGAACUAGAGUUUGAAGCUUCUAAUCUAGAGAAUGAAAAUGAAAGCAAAACCAACCUAAACUGUAAUGAGCUUGUAAUUAGUAAGUUCUCAAAAUUAAGUGUUGAAAAUAUCUUGGUUCAUGACAAAAUCAUUGCUUUCAUUGAUCAAAAAAAGUUAUCUUUACCAUCGUCUGAUCAUAUCUUAAGUUCAAAACUGGACAUUAUGCCUGAUUUUUCAAUCAGCAAAGAUUUUAGUGGUUCAAGCUUUGAUGAUUUUUCUUCUAUCAAAAACACAGAAUUAAUUUUAUCUCCGCCACUACAGGAGCUCAGUUUGAAGAAAAUUGUUGAAGCACAAUCAGAUAAUACAUUGUGUGAGCUUGAUAUAAGUCCAUUAAAUUCAAUUCAAGAAACGGAUAGUGAAUCGGAUAUAUCUUCUGAAGGCACAAUGAUUAUGAUGACAUCGGAAGAAUGUGAGAAAAAUGAACAGCAUAUUAGGGAAAGUCUUUUGCAAUAUGAAUCUUUAAAAGAGAAACUGUCUAAAAGUGAAGAUGACGAACCUUCUGAUAAUCCAAAUGACUCAUUGAUCAUCAAUGCACAAGCUCCAGAUGAUAGUACAAAAAUGCCAGAAGAUGUUCAAUGUGAAACUGUUCCUAGUUUGGAAGAUAUUAAUACAGAGAGUAGUAUUCAGAAAACUUUUGAAGAGAGUGAAGAAAUUAGUAUUAAAAAGUCUUUUGUAGAAGACAAUGAGAAACCAUCCAUUCAAACUGAGUUGUAUGAGCCAUCUUCUAAUAAACUAGUCAAGUUUGAAAGUAGUUUAAGAAAACCAAAGCCUUUCUUCCAAGAACCAGUUGUGAAUCUUGAAGAAGAGAACAAUUUAGAUUUAAGUUAUGUGCAUGCAAUUAGGAAAGCAUCAUUAAAAACUCCAAAUAAUGUGAGUUAUUGGGAAAAGUCUUUAUCUUCAGUCGAAAUUCCGAAAGAUGUCCGUGAGUGGAAAAUAUUGCUGAGUCGGUUGAACAAAAACGCUGAUGGAAUGGAGCCAAGUCAUCAACAGAACAUGCAAUCCUAUGAAACAGAUACAGAUAGUGAAUCUAGCUUCUGUUCAAGAGGAGAGUCGGAUUCUUCCAAAUUUGCUUUGUCCGUAGAAGAAUCCCCUUCCUCAACAAAGUCGGAUGAACUUGAGAGUUUUGUGCACCAAAGUACAGAAAGAGUGGAGAGAAUUCGAAACCGUUACCUUGUGAAGAAUAAACCUCGGGUAGAUUUAGGGUUUGUACGAAAUUCUUCAGUUCGUGGUAUAAGGCCGAGGUUUGGUUCAACUGCAGAAAUUUUGCAACGGAUGCAAGAGCGAAAUCUUCCACAUUUUAGUGCAUCUUCCAAAACACACUUGUCGUGGCCUUGCCAUGAAACACACAAUCCAGAAUUUGACUGCUCUCGAACGAGACAGCCAUCUCAUUAUUAUUUUAGUCAAAACAUAUCUGGUGAGUAUUCAUCACAAACAUCCUUCACAACUCAUAGAAGAAAACAAUUUGCUUACUGUGAUCAUAAUUCUAUGUCAUCUUGUCCGUCCAUUUUUCUACAUGAAAGAGGUGCUCCAGAAGGUGCUAGCCCACCAAGAUCUCUUUCUGAAGAUAGUAUAGAUCAGUCUUUUGAUGAGGACAAUCCAAAUAGUGUUGUGUAUUAUUCCAUGAAAGUAUGA